CUCAUUGUCACGACUUCUUUGUUAUUGCCUUUCACGCUUUACCUGUUCCUCAUUCUCACUCGUCUAGUACUCACUCUCGCUUACUCCGGCAGCGCGUGGCUCUCAACCGCCACCGCUUCUCUGACUAUUCUUCGGCCGAUCUGUCUAGGAUCACUGAACAGGGCACAUACAAAUGAGUUCGAAAAGAGGGGGUGGCUUGUCGUCCAAGGGAAAGCGUGUACCCCAAUCAAAUCCCAAAAUUGAGCAGUUGACUCAAGGUAUGGCGGACGCCAACCUAGGCUCAGGACAAGAUGAUGGGGAAUGGGAGGUAUAUGCAAAGAAAACCAAGAACAAAGGUGGAAGCAGUGCUGCAAACCAAUGGGGUCCUCCAGCCCAUAAUUCUAAUCCUAGAGCAUGGGGGAAUGCAGAUGUGGCUCCAAAGCCAGGUGUGCGUAAUCAUGGUGGCGUUGGAAGAGCUGCUGGAAAUCCCUGGCAGACACAGAAUGCUAACUACAGGAGGCCUGCUGGUAGAGGCAAUGGAAGGUCGCAGUUAGCCACAAGUGGAUAUGACAACCAUGUGACUCCAACUCCUGUAAUUCGGCCUCCUCUGGAGCAUGGAUGGAAUUGGCAAUCUAGAGCCGGUUCAAUGCAGUCAAAUGUAAGGAAUGAAAUUGCUCCAGAGGAGUUUGAACAGAAUAAUGAUGAUGAUGAUGAGGAGGAGGACGAUGAUUGUGAUGAUCUGGAAGAUACUGAUGAUGAUCUAAUGAGUGAUGAAUAUGAUUCGGAUGCUAGUCAAAAGAGCCAUGAGACUCGUAAGAAGAGCAAAUGGUUUAGAAAAUUCUUUCAGAAUUUGGAUGACUUGCCUGCUGGACAGAUAAAUGAUCCGGAAAGACAGUGGCACUGUCCAGCUUGUCAAGGUGGCCCCGGGGCUAUUGAUUGGUACAGAGGACUGCAGCCCCUGAUGAAUCAUGCUAAAACAAAGGGAUCAAAAAGGGUGAAGAUUCACAGGGAGCUUGCUCAACUUCUUGAUGAGGAAUUGCGUAGAAGGGGUACUGCAGUAGUUCCGGCUGGGGAAGCAUUUGGAAAAUGGAAAGGUUUAAAAGAUGAAGAGAAAGAUCAUGAAAUUGUUUGGCCUCCAAUGGUUAUAAUUCAGAAUACUAAGCUCGAACAAGAUGAAAAUGAUAAGUGGUUAGGUAUGGGUAACCAAGAGCUUGUUGAUUAUUUUAGCUCUUAUGCGGCUGUGAAAGCACGACACUCAUAUGGCCCUCAAGGUCAUCGAGGGAUGAGUGUUUUGAUAUUUGAAGCCUCAGCUAGUGGUUAUCUAGAGGCAGAACGUCUGCACAAGCAUUUUGCAGAGCAAGGAACUGACAAAGAUACUUGGUUUAGCAAUCGCCGUAUUUUAUUUCUCCCUGGUGGCAAUCGGCAGCUUUAUGGAUACCUGGCUACUAAAGAAGACCUGGAGUUUUUCAAUAGGCAUUGCCAAGGUAAGUCGAGACUUAAAUAUGACAUGAAAUCAUAUCAGGAGAUGGUGGUUCACCAAAUUAGGCAAAUGAGUGAGGACAACCAGCAGCUUAUCUAUUUGAAGAACAAGGUUGUAAAAGAAAAGAAACAUGCAAAAGCCCUUGAAGAAUCUUUUGGUAUAGUGAGCGAGAAGUUGCGAAAGACAAUGGAGGAAAAUCGCAUUGUGAGGCGGAGAACUAAAAUGCAGCACGAAGAGAUUAAAGAAGAGAUGAAUAUGCAAGAGCAAUUCUUCAAGGACCAGAUCAGAAUCAUUCACAACUCAAGGAAUGAAAAAGAAGAAGAUUUUGAGAGGAUGCAGCAGGAGGAAAGGGAGAAGGUUAAGCAGCUAAGUACAAGUCAUUUAAAUGCUGAGGAACGAAGACUCAAGGUGGAUGAAUAUCUUAAAUUUGUUGAAGUCCAGGAUAAGGAGAUGGAGAACUUUGUUGGGGAGAAGGAGAAACUCUGUCAAGCCCAUGAAGAGAGCCUUGUUGCAGUGAGGCGGAGGCAUUGGGAGGAAGAGGUGGCGUUAGAGAAAAAGUUCGAUGAAGAGCUUACCCAACUGAUGCAAAAGUACUCCCCAUCUCUUCAGGAGAAAUAGGCCAAUGGCAUCUGACAGGGGGGGUUUUGCACAGAGCUUACAAACAGAUAAACACAGGAAAAACAAAAUAUUUUAUUUCUCAGACAUUAACUUUUUAGAAAUUGGGAUUUGAAAUUUGGUAUGUGUUAUAACUUGAAGUGCUCGUAGGUAGAUAGUUUAUCAAAAUUAAAAUUGCAUGUGGUACUAGAAAUUUUAGUUUGAUUGACCCGACUUUUACAAAUUGGGAUACCCUUGUUUAUUGAGUGCAUUUGGGUUAUUAGAUAUUUCUUGUCGGCUGAUUUUA